UAGUUUCUUGCUAAAACGCUUCUUUGGCGUUCUUUCAAAAACUUGAGCUCUUCAGGGUUUUUUUCGGUCAUCGUUUCCUCAGUGCGCGCGAGGUGCUGUCCGUGUUUGCCUCGUGCGUGAGCGCGGGAUCUGGCGUGAGUGUAAUCCAACACACGUCCCAAAGUUUUCAAUGCUUUUAUCACAUGCUCGUUUCUGGAGCGGCAGGCGGUACCAAAACGCCACAAAUCCAGCAUGUGCAGAAAGCAGCCAGUGGUAGACAACAAGGGAAGUUGACUGGCCCAGGUCAACGCCUCAGUUAUUGAUCCCAAAAUUCAUGAAAAAGAACAAUUUGCUUGAAGAACUUUUUUUUUUAGGUAGAUGCAAUGAAAAGUACAGCAAAACGGUGCAAAAACACAAAUCUAGCGCAAAUAACCCAUUUCCGUAAUCUAUUAUAGCCAGUUAUUCCUCCAUGGCUUCCUCAGUUGACUGAUUUUUUUGCGCCCUGAUAGCCAGGUAAUUAACAAUAUUUUUACAGUGCUUUUCAUGACACGCAGAGACGCUUCACAAGAAAGAUUUGAACAAAAUAGCAACAACAGAAACAACAAAACAACGAUGGAUUAAAAGCGGGAUAAGAGUAAAUAAAAAAAUGUAAGCGGUCAAGAUAAAACCGAGAUUAGGAUCAUGGUGGGUAAGAAAGAGUAAACGGGUAUGUUUUGAGUCUGGAUUUGAAAAGAGAGGGUAGAUAUAUUGCAAAGAUCGAGGGGUAGGGAGUUCCAGAUCUGGGGGGCACAGUGACUAAAAACUCCGAAACUGAAGAUGGCGAGAUUGACACGAGGGACAGAAAGGUGGAGAAUAGAGGAGGAGCAAAGGGAAAGGAGGGGGACGGUUAAUACAGAGGAGAUUGCGUAGGUAGGGAGGAGCCAGGCCAUGGAGUGCUUUGAAGGGAAUGACAAGGAUCUUUGUUUGAGUGGGAGCCAGUGAAGUUGACGGAGGAUGGGGGUGAUGUGGUGUGUGGUGGGGGUCCGAGUGAUGAGGCGUGCUGCUGAGUUUGGAAGGAGCUGCAGUUUCUGGAGGGACUUAUUUGGGAGACCGAAGAGCACUGCGUGCUCGGGAUGUGGACCAGGAUACCAAAGCCCGCUCCACGCCAUGAAGGGCGAGCGCGAGAAGAUCGUGUAUCUUCCGUGCAUCUACCGCAACACGGCCACCCGUCAGGCCGACUACUUGGCCACGGUGGACGUGGACCCUGAAUCUCCAUCCUACUGCCAGGUGGUCCACCGUCUUCCGAUGCCCAACGUGAACGACGAGCUCCACCACAGCGGCUGGAACGCCUGCAGCAGCUGCUUCGGCGACGCCUCCAAGAAGCGCGACCGCCUCAUCCUGCCCGCCCUCAUCUCCUCCCGGAUCUACGUGGUGGACGUCGGCAGCGACCCCAGGAGACCGGCGCUCCACAAGACGGUGGAAGCCGUGGAUCUGUACUGGAAAUGCGGCCUGGCCAACCCUCACACCAGCCACUGCCUGGGCAGCGGUCAGAUCCUCAUCAGUUGCAUGGGAGACCCGUCCGGGGCGGGCAAAGGCGGUUUCGUGCUACUGGACGGCGAGACCUUCGAGGUGACGGGCAACUGGGAGAGUCCCGGCGAGGCCGCUCCCUUCGGCUACGACUUUUGGUACCAGCCUCGCCACAACGUGAUGAUCAGCAGCGAGUGGGGGGCUCCCAAGUUCCUCGCUGAUGGUUUUAAUCCGGCUCACGUCGCAGAAGCUUCUAGUCGUCGUCGGCGUGGUGUUAGCGAGUUCCUCAUUGUUCCAGGCCAGUACGGAACUUCCCUCCACGUGUGGGACUGGACCACUCGUAAGAGGGUGCAGACCCUGGAUCUGGGAGAAGAGGGCGCCAUUCCUCUGGAGAUCCGCUUCCUCCAUGACCCCGCCGCCGCCGAGGGCUUUGUGGGCUGCGCUCUCAAGGGGAGCGUCUUCCGCUUCUACAAAGCGUCGACGGGAAAGUGGUCCGCGGACAAAGUCAUCGGUGUUCCCAGCAAGAAGGUCGAAGGAUGGAUGCUACCCGAGAUGCCGGGUCUGAUUACUGACAUUCUGAUCUCUUUGGACGACCGCUUCCUUUACUUCAGCAAUUGGCUGCACGGCGACAUCAGGCAGUACGACAUUAGCGACACCAAGAACCCUCGACUCGUCGGACAGGUGUUUUUGGGUGGCAGCCUCACCGCCGAUGGACCUGUAAGAGUCCUGGACGACCCGGAAAAGCAGCCCGCCCCUCGUUUCAUCCAGGGAAAGCGUAUCCACGGUGGUCCUCAGAUGUUACAGUUAAGUUUGGACGGUCGCAGGCUUUAUGUAACAACAUCGCUCUACAGUGGCUGGGACAAACAGUUCUACCCCGAAAUGAUCCGGGAAGGGUCGGUCAUGAUGCAGAUCGACGUGGACUCCGAGCGCGGGGGUCUGAGCCUCAACGAGAACUUCCUUGUGGACUUUGGCAAAGAGCCCGGCGGUCCGGCGCUGGCUCACGAGCUGAGGUACCCCGGAGGAGACUGCACGUCCGACAUCUGGCUGUGAAAGUGCAAAACGUCAAUCAACUAAGAACGCAUCCAUAGUAAUCACCGCACGACUUCCUAUCUUGUGAACACGUGAUUUGAUUUGUGCCAGUUUACAGGACUGGACUUCAUGCAAUAAAAUGUUGACGCAUAGAAAUGAAAAAAGUGUGGUUGUUUCA